AUGAAACUAACGGCUCUGCGGAUUCAAAGAGGGAGACCGAUUUCCGUCUGCCAAUUCUGUCAAUUCUCGACCUCGCGCCGCCUACCCUUCUCUCGAUUCCCGACCACCUCUGAAAGUGUGCAUAGGCUCGCACUCGCAUUGCCAAAAAUAAAUUUGCGCCCGCAAUUAAUCCUCCCCGUUCUAUCGUCACGCAACUAUGCAUCAAAUAGCGAGACUAUCGAGGCGCAGUCGGUUAUCCGAGGUAUUCAACAGGAGGUGUUAACGGUGCACAAUGCGGAGGUAGUGCCCUCCAAUGAAGUCAUUUUAGCAAUGCUGCAGAGAUGCCAUAAGAUUGCCGAGUCCCUAGUUUCGCAGGAGCGUGGUCAGAAUGAGCGUGACCAAAACGAGAGUUCUUCAAAUGAAGGCAACGCAAUCUCCCCGCUUCUGAACAUGGAAGAAGGGCGAGGGAAAUCGCUCGAUCCCCGACUAGCAGACUCAAUCUCUGAGAUUGCUACAGGACUUCUGAAAGAUGAAAAAGUCUUCAUUUCCCCAGAAGCGCUAGAGAUUUAUACCAAGACUCUUGUUCUCCUGCAACGGGCUGAGCACUUCCCCGAGAUCUUCAACUUGUACGCCAACAAACCAGUGCCAGAAGAGAACAGCUCACCGAUCAAAUUCCACAAGGCCGAUCCGAAGAGUGUUAAAAGUGCUAUCCCCGCUGAACUGGCCAACGAAGCCUUGGACAUUGCCAUCGCGCAGAAGAACCUUUCGCUGGUGCUGGCCAUUAUCGACAAUACGUUUUGCGCACCUGCGUUCCACCGUGCGAAGGUUUUGAAGAAGGCUGGUGUUCCAUUGGCUGGUCUGGCUGCUGCUCCUCUCGCCUGCUAUGCUCUUGCCUCAAUGGCUUCAAAUUUCCAGAAUACGAUGGAUGCUAGCACUGCUACUGGACUUGUUUUUGCCGCGUCAUUGGCUUACGUUGGUGGUGCAGCAUCUCUCGGCAUUAUAUCUAUCACCUCGGCUAACGACCAGAUGGAGCGAGUGGUUUGGUUACCUGGUGUUCCUUUGCGCCAUCGUUGGCUGCGGGAGGAAGAGCGUGCCGCUAUGGAUAGAGUUGCUGUUACCUGGGGUUUCAAGGACCCUUACCUGCGCGGCGAGGAAGUCGGCGAAGAGUGGGAAGCUCUCCGCGAAUUCAUCGGUAUGCGGGGCAUGAUAUUGGAUAAGACCGAGUUGAUGGAGGGCAUGCAAUAA